UGCGGCGGCGGCCGGAGGCUCCGGGGCUGCAGGGCCCGGUGCCAGCGCGCGCGCGCCAGCCGACCCGGCCGCCGCGUCCCCCGUCCAGCGCUCGCAGCCGGCCUCCGCGCCCUCGGGCCGCCAGUCUACCGCCGCCCGCCGCGGCCGCGAACAUGGCUGCGCGCCGCGCCGCCACCCUCGCCUGCUCGCUGCUGCUCCUGUCCGCCGCUCUGCUCCGCCGCGGCUGCCCGGCGCGCUUCGCCGCGGAGCCCGACUCGGAGCACGACGAAGAGGAGCCGGAGGUUUUCCCCGAGUCGCCGGUGCAGAGACCCACCGUGCUAGUGGCCAUCCUCGCCCGCAACGCGGCGCACGCGCUGCCUCACUUCCUCGGCUGCCUGGAGCGGCUGGACUACCCCAAGAGCAGGAUGGCCAUCUGGGCAGCCACAGACCACAAUGUGGAUAAUACAACAGAAAUACUCAGAGAGUGGUUGAAAAAUGUACAGAGAUUCUAUCACUAUGUGGAGUGGAGGCCUAUGGAUGAACCAGAGUCUUACCCUGAUGAAAUUGGACCAAAGCAUUGGCCAGGCUCCCGAUUUGCCCAUGUGAUGAAACUACGGCAGGCAGCCCUUCGAACUGCGAGGGAAAAAUGGUCAGACUACAUUCUGUUCAUAGAUGUGGACAACUUCCUGACUAAUCCACAAACCCUCAGUCUGAUGAUUGCAGAAAACAGAACCAUUGUGGCACCCAUGCUGGAGUCUCGGGGCCUGUACUCUAAUUUCUGGUGCGGAAUCACACCUCAGGGCUUCUAUAAACGCACCCCAGACUACCUUCAGAUCAGAGAAUGGAAGAGGAUGGGCUGCUUUCCCGUCCCCAUGGUUCACUCCACCUUCCUAAUUGACCUCAGGAAGGAAGCCUCUGACAAGCUGGUGUUCUAUCCCCCGCACCAGGACUAUACCUGGACCUUUGAUGACAUCAUUGUCUUUGCCUUCUCCAGCCGGCAAGCAGGCAUCCAGAUGUACGUCUGCAACCGAGAGCACUACGGCUACCUGCCCAUCCCCCUGAAGCCCCAUCAGACCUUGCAGGAGGACAUUGAGAACCUCAUCCACGUGCAGAUAGAGGCGAUGAUUGACGGUCCUCCAAUGGAACCCUCCCAGUUUGUUUCAGUUGUCCCUAAAUAUCCAGACAAGAUGGGAUUCGAUGAGAUUUUCAUGAUCAACCUCAAGCGCAGAAAGGACAGGCGGGACCGGAUGUUGCGCACCCUGUAUGAGCAAGAGAUUGAGGUCAAGAUUGUCGAGGCUGUGGAUGGAAAAGCACUCAACACAAGUCAGCUGAAGGCCCUGAAUAUUGAAAUGCUGCCCGGAUAUCGAGAUCCCUACUCCUCUAGGCCUCUCACCAGGGGUGAAAUCGGCUGCUUCCUCAGCCACUACUCUGUCUGGAAAGAGGUGAUCGACCGAGAGCUGGAGAAGACCCUGGUUAUUGAAGAUGACGUGCGCUUCGAGCAUCAGUUCAAGAAGAAGCUGAUGAAGCUGAUGGAUGACAUUGACCGGGCUCAGCUGGAUUGGGAACUGAUUUAUAUCGGCAGGAAGAGGAUGCAGGUGAAGGAGCCGGAGAAAGCGGUGCCCAACGUGGGGAAUCUGGUCGAAGCCGACUACUCCUACUGGACGCUGGGCUAUGUCAUCUCUCUGGAAGGAGCACAGAAGCUGGUUGGAGCUGAUCCCUUUGGGAAGAUGCUACCAGUGGACGAGUUCUUGCCAGUCAUGUACAACAAGCAUCCUGUAGCUGAGUACAAGGAGUAUUACGAACCCAGGGACCUGAAGGCCUUCUCCGCGGAACCCUUGCUCAUCUACCCCACACACUACACGGGCCAGCCGGGGUAUCUGAGUGACACAGAGACCUCGACCAUCUGGGACAAUGAGACAGUGGCCACCGACUGGGACAGGACCCAUUCCUGGAAGUCCCGGAAGCAAGGUCAUAUCCACCGCAAUGCCAAGAACACAGAGGCCCUGCCGUCGCCAACCUCCCUGGACACGGUGCCUUCGAGGGAUGAGCUAUGAGGUCUCCAUGGGGGAUUCCCCACCCUCGAUUUUUCCAAUGGGCUGUUCAUCUGUUUGCUCCAGUGUCUUGUAGUGGUCACAGUCCUCUAACCAAAGUGGUCUACUGUGAUUGAGCAAAAUGAAUAUAUUCUUGACAGGGGAGGAUAAGAGGGAAACUUAACCCAAAUUUCCUAAGAUGGCUAGAAGAUAGGCUUUAAGGCAACCAUCGAGAUAAACCUCAACCCAGAUACCUAGCCCUUCAGUCUUUAUCGGUAUGAUACUGCUUCCUACAUUAAGGAUGAACAAUAUGGCCCAGAGACUCAUCCCUGAGAAAGGUAAUCAAGUCAACAAAUGGGCAGGCAAGGCAGCUGAGCCAACUAGACCACAUCCAUUGGUCUCAUGGGCCCAUUUCAUACCAUAGGUGUAACCUUGAAACCUUGUGUAUGUAACAUGUUUGCAAAGGAGGGGGAUCAAAUCGUUUAAAAGCAAAUUAAUUGGGCGUUGGUUUAAAGGAAUUCUCUCAUGAGCCAAUGUGAGCUGUUCAUCUCAGUCCUCGUUAUCCAAUAGGGAUGGGUAUUUCGGUCUGUCUGAGACUUGGCCUUUGACUAUCAUGGCGACUGAAGCUCUCCUAGAGAGGCGUCAAGUUUGCCAUGUGGGUAGAGUUUAGUAGACAUUUGAAGGUUUGUGUAGAUCUCUGAGGAAAACAAGAACUCAGACUUUGGCCUUCUAUUGUGGUCACUUGAGUUAGGAUGCUCUAUUUAUGAAGAUAAAUUUAAUAUAUAAGGGUUCGGACUGGGGUCUCGCUGGUGUCUUCUGUCCCAGGGCACCCUGUGCUGCCGUGGCACAUCACGCUUGCCUCUCCACGCCUGAGCCUGGGAACGAAUUGUGAGUGUGACUUUUAUGAGUCACUGUUAAGAGGCAGAGCACAUUUUUAGGCCAGCAACUGUCUUUGCCUGAGUUUUUCAUUCUAUUUUGAAUUAUUUAUUCUACAAAACGUGGGGGAGAGGCAUGUAUGAUAAGGCAGAGAAACAGAUUUUUCAAGCUUUCAUUGCGCCCCGGGGAGCAGCGAGUAUGCGAUCUGGUUCUCCCGCAUUUCCCAGCCUGGCUCUUCAGGGAGGCCUGUGGAGUGGGAGAGUCUCACCAUCUGGAAACAAAUGCUUUUGCGUUUCAGAUGACAGACCUUGGUCAGAAACAGUGGACUGCUCCACUGAUUUAGGCCAACAACCAGGGAAACUCUCGGAAUCGGCCUCCUGGGCAGAUCGAUGUCCUCCCCGCUUUCCUCAUAGAGUGAUUUUCUGGAAAGUGCAGUGUUGGGCUACAUG